AUGUAUCGUUGCAGGAUCUGUCAGCAACCAAUAUGGAACACUACUCGUAUUCUUUGUGCUAUAUGUGAUGAUAUGUAUCUGUGCGUUGGGUGUUUUUCGCAAGGAAAGGAGAUCAACGGACACAAGAAGACACACGACUAUAGAGUGAUUGCACUACCGACAUUUAGCUUUCCUUUAUACACGAAUGACUGGGAUGCUGAAGAGGAAUACCUCCUGAUCGAACUAUCACAAACACUCGGUUUAGGGAAUUGGGUCGACAUAGCCGAUCAUAUAGGAACAAAGACGAAAGAAGAGUGUGAGCAACAUUAUAUUGAAGUCUAUUCACAAAGUCCUAAUUGGCCUCGACCUAUCGACCCCCUGGAUGUGACAACAAGCGAGAAAGAAAUGCGCCGAAGGAAGCGUAGGCGAAUGGACGUCAUAUACGAAAAAGCAGCAUUAGGUUUGGUGGAAAAGCCUGAGAGGAAGAUACUCCAAAGCAUGCCAGCUAAUCAUGAGAUUCAUGGAUACAUGCCAAUGCGAAAAGAGUUUGAACACGAAACAGAUAACGAUGCCGAGGCGAUAAUUAAAGAUAUCGAAUUCACAGAAGAAGACUCUGAACAGGAUAGAGGUGGGAGUAUGACCUUUGUGGAUUUGACAAUUAUUCCCGGAAGCAACCUUUCACCUUCUUUCUCACUCUCACCUUCGUCACUUUUCCCUAUUGUAAUGACUUUAGCAUUAAAGUUAGCCGUCCUGGAAAUCUAUAAUAAGAAGUUACUCAAAAGAAUAGAAAAGAGAAGGAUAAUACAUGAAUAUGGCUUAAUCGACUUUAGACAGAUGACAGCAGCAGAUAAGAAGCGCCCAAAAGAAGAAAAGGAGCUAAUAAACCGCGCCAAACCGUUUGCAAGAUUAAUGACGGGUCCAGACUUUCAAGCAUUUUUUGAGGGUUUAAUAAAAGAACAAUAUCUUCGACAACGAAUUGACCAGCUUCAAGAAUGGCGUCGAAUGGGGAUAACUAAAUUGAAAGAUGGCGAACUAUACGAGAAAUUGAAGGCUGAACGGGAAACAACUCGAGAAUCGUCAAGCCGACUAUUGUUGUCAGGUAGUGGAGAUCGAGGGAUGAUAAGAGACGGAAUGUUUGGUGAUGGAGAGCCGUCAACUCAUCCAGCAGCGCACAAUCCUACUAUUCGGAUAGUACGCAAAGCCGCAGGUCCGAUAACUCUCGAUGACGAAGAAGGUGUUGAAUUACUCCUCCCUGCUGAACGCAGACUCUGCGAACAUCUUCGCAUACCGCCCCAUCCGUACAUGGCCAUAAAAGCGACUAUUUUAAAAGAAUACGCUAGGUUAGAUGGUCACAUGCGUCGUAGGCAGGCGAGAGAGUUGAUCAAGAUCGACGUUAAUAAGACGAGUAGGAUCUAUGACUUUUUUGUCGAGAUGGGAUGGAUUAAACCGCCACCACCUUUGUAA